AUGUCGAAGAAGGGUUUGGAAAAUAUAAGGCCUGCUGUAAGUGAAGCAGUUCCCUUCGAGUGUCCUUUCAGAGAGUUCCGAGAUAACGAACUGCAAAUAGAUAGUUGGGGUUUGGGUCCAGUCGCCUUGAGAGUUCAUAAUUUUGUAGUAAAAGCAGCAGUGAAGACCUCACAUGAGCAACAAAUCUGGACUGAUGACCAGACCCAGCCACUACCGCGGUCGGCACACCACUUCCUCCACGGAUGGAUUAGAGCUGAAGAACUGGCAGACGAUAGAUGGGGGGCAGAAGUACACAUUUUUGAGGAAAACGAAGUUGGCGGAAUGUCAGUAUCAGACAUGCAGCUUGGUCACGCCCAAGUCCUGUUCAGGUCUUCGUUCUGCAGAGAAGUUCUAUCUGCUUGCUUCAUACUGGAACGUGUUGAAGGUUUAGCUAUAGAACAUCAGUCGGAAGUAUUUUCUUGUAGUUUCGGCCAGGAAGGGUGGCGACCAAAGUUUCAUAUUUACUCUCCAGGAAUGAAACCUGGAGGUGGACCGCAGCAUAAGCCUACUUUAUCUAAAAAUGGGUGCUACCUGGUACGUCUCUUCUACCUAGGUACGUGGCGCUGUGUCUGGGUCAGUGACUAUGUUCCAGUAGACUCCAACGGAGCACCCCUGCUACCAUUCUCCCCCCUUCUGACCCAUCCGCCAGGGAAACCAGGGUCGAAGCAAGUACCUCCAGCUGUGAUCUCUGGCGUGAUAUAUUUGUGGCCAUUAUUACUGACUAAGGCGCUGCUCAAGCUGGCUGCACCUGACGUGGGUACUUAUACCGAUGACCCUGGUUGCGUGCAAGAUGAUUCGCUGCAUGACUUCAACAUCAUGCACGCGUUGACUGGCUGCGUCAAUAUUUCUUAUGAAGUUGGUGGUCCCGAAGACCUUUGGAUAAGGAUAACAACCGAAGUACCAAUGUUCACUUGGGAUGAUGAUGAUGAGACGCUGGCUAGUACCAUCAAGUCUAGGAGCACUAAGAAACCUACUACCAAGGAUUUAAAUGUGGUUAAGAGAACCUGUGUGACGUACGUUAUUCUCAUGGACACCAAAGACUGCCCUCCGUACCAGCUCCCAGGGAUAACGCCAGGACAUGAAAUGAGCCUGCUCGUCAUGAUGGCUAGGGAUCUACCUCUGAAGAAACCUUUGCCAGAACCAGAGGUAGCCCCAUGGAAAUACUAUCGUUGGGUCGAUUGGGCUAAAAGACACGGUCUCUACGCCAUGUACGACUGUCCUAGGACCAGGUUCGUUAAAGUUAAUGGCCUAUUGAAGCUCUCUUACGCUCCUCAUCUGUUGGAUGUUCAAAGCACUGAAUCGAUCACGUUUGGGUUCAUAGAAGAACACGCCACGGAUGAUAUGAGUGAUGGCAAGAAGAAAAAAGACAAGAAGAAGGAGCAGUUGAAGUCUGCACUGAAUGCUGCUGCUGCACAAGCGCAGCAUUUGAAAGAGGAACUUAGAGAAUGGAUUCAGUACUCAGAGAUAGCAAGCUUAAUAAAAGACGUCCAUGUCAUGUACUACCCAUCAUCGUUCAACUUCGCGUCAGCUGGGAGUAAUCCACCAGUGAGGCUUCCUACGAUGAAGAUGCCUGCGCUAUUAAAAACAACAGACAUAUUGGCUCCGAAAGGUGCUCCUUUAUACUUCCAACUAGAUGGACCAGAAGUCAAUAAGUUGAGAAUGUCUUUGAGCUCAAUCCAUCCCAGGGUCUUAGCCAAUACUGGAUCUCGUAUCCCUGAUUACAUAGAAAAAUCCAACUUUGUCCUAGAAAAGUUUGAAUGGUUCAAAGAUGUUGAAUUACCUGUUCCUACCGGCUUUGUGACUACCAGAAGAUACCAGUCACUUGAGAUAGAUUUUCCUCCGGGAAGACACUUUUUUAGAAUCUGGGUACAUGCUCGAGUACAUUGGAGUAUUAAGGUGAUCAGUGACUCGUCGUUACUUCUUGGCGCGAAAGAUGUCAUCCAAGGCGCUGCUGUCCGCGAAUGUCCAUGGGCUUCAAAGUUCCUCCUGAACUUGGGAUCAUCUUUUACAACCUGGAUCAAAGUGGUCCGUUCCAGUCCAAGUGUGAUAAUACAGGCUGAUAGGGAAUUUUUUAGAUCUUACGACCCUGAUCUGCCUUGGGACAAAGAAGUGGUUGGCUAUGACCCUCAUCUUCGGCACUGGAUGUUCAGGCAAGCGCUUCAGUCACAUUUUCAAAAAUCUCUGAACCAAACAGAAUGGAAAGCAGUAGCUCAUGUUCUGAGGAAAUAUUUUUCUGAUCCUGAUUUCGGUUUUACUGAAAAACCUCGACCAGCGAAAUCUUUAAGAGAUAUUGCCAAUCUAGAUGUAUGUGACUGCGUGAUGCCUGAAGUCGAGGAGAUUGAAUUCAUUGAGGAGCAACCGCUCGAGGAAGUGGUUGAAGAUCAAAAGCCUUUAGUGGAUCCCGAGAUGAUGGCGCAGUUGCUGAAACAGCCAAAGCCACCUAUAACAUCACAGGUUUGUGAACUGGCAACAGAAGAGCUGCCCUGUGGACUUUUGAAGGAAGAAAGAGAAAAGAUGAUAAGAAGACAUGAAGCAGCCAUUGUUCUGCAGGCACAUUGGCGAGGUACUUGGGCUCGGAGAUGCUUGAAGGCUAACGUUACUUUUACUCCUGAAGUCACUAAAUAUGUGCAAGAUCAUGGAUUCGGGACAAUAGACACUUUAUCUAUGGUGAUGAACGAAUUUUUCUCAAUGUUCCCUGGAGCUAAAUACGCUUACUCCGUAUCCUCAGGUCUGAGCGGAGUAUAUGGACUUCAGCAGCAUACUGGAACAACUCCAGUGACGCCUAAAUGCGUGUGGAUUCCAUACUUCCAAGGGGUCUUCUUUUGUCAUACGCCAGUGAAGGUCCAUUUUGAAGUUCAUAGCAACUUGGCUCACAGUAUAGUGGCUGUAUAUGAUAAUGAUACGUCUUACCAGCUACCUCAGGCCUAUAACUCUCAUAUCACUUUUGAUAUCAACCCGAAUGUUCUUGGCUAUACAGUCGUAGGCCACGGCACACUGACCCACCCUACUGGAAUAAACAUGGACGCCCAUUGGCAACUCACAGUCAUGUCCUGCCUUGAUGGUGCAUUCCAUGUGUGUGACAAUGAAGACCCCUGCAAAGAACUAUUCAUUCCUCAAACACAGAAGAUACAUGUUGAUGAAAUCUUCUUCCCGAAUAGAAGGAAUAUAUUGGGAGGUAUUCAUCUCUCUGUGACGAAACAUGAGUCUGUUAGCUUCAGAGCGGCCGCGUCUUCACCUGAGGUAGAAAUGGUGGCAAUUUUGCGCCAUAUAACAUCCAACGGUGAGUCUGUAGAGUUGGCCAAGUGCAAGGGCAAAGGAGAAAUCUACUGGCCCUUCAUCAGACUGGAUCCACAGACACAAAAAAAAACAUCUUCUGCGUACAUGAGUACAAGAGAAUUAAACGUAACAAGUGCCCGAUCCAUGUUUAAAGGCGGGAAAGCUCACAAAUCCACCGCGAACAAAUCCUCCAGGUCUUUGCCAAAGAUCAAACCUGUUCAUGAACCAAAGUUUUAUUCAAUCGAGGUGACAUGCCCCUCGGGAUGGGCACUAUCACUAGCCCAGUGGAAACGAGUGGAUGAAGUUAUUAACUCUAUGGAAUUUAAUAAAGUUGAACACCUGCAGAUACAAAAGAAAGUUGUUAAGGAAAAGGAGAAGCCUCCAAAAACAGCGUCAGCAAAGGAUAAGGAAAAGGUGUCUAUGCCCGUAAACUUCGCAGUGCAUCAGCCUCUACCUGGAGAUGCCUGUGUUGAGUUGGAGUGCGCUCUAGCAGUUGGGGGAGGGGUCGUCGCUAAGAGGGAUGAUGAAAGGGACCAGGAAUUUGCUAAUGCAAGGAAAUCAUGGGAUGCCACUGAACAUGGGAGGAAUGCAAGAGGGGCACAGAUUAGAAAAGAAUUUCGUGAAGAAUUUUUGGACAUGCCACCGCCACCGCCACCGCCACCGGAGGUUUCAGAAAGCACGAAAAGCGGUAGCACUUUUAGAAGUUACAAUAUGGAUACGGACAGGAGUGAGGCUGGGUCUAAGGAUGGAUACGAGUGUUUGGAAGAAGAAGAAUUAAAGGAUUUCAAAGACGGUACUCAUGGACAUGAACCUACGCCAGCGACCGAAAGUGGAAUGUUGGAGAUGUCUGUCGAGAUAGAAGAAGAGGCUGUGUACCUGACGAUGCCAGAGCUGUUGCGAGACAAAUUCAAACCACUUCAUUUUGUACCAUUCUGCAUGAAAGAAAAACUAGCAUAUGAAGCUGUCCUAGUAACUUCAGAUAUGGCAAAAGCAGCUGCAAAAGAUAGACAAGCGCGCACGGAGGCUGCCAUGGAACGGAUGAAAGAGCUACAACUUUUCAAUGAAGUACAUGUACUGGGUAGACAGAGGGAUCGCUGUCAAGCGCUGGAAAAACUGUUUGUGGAUGCCACCAUGUGUCCUGAGUUAUUAGAAGUGAUGGAGCAAAGAGAAGAGGCUAUGAAAGAAGAGGUUCUUGCUAGAACUGCAUCUGCCAACAAGAAGAAGAUGGAAGCGAAGAAGAUGGAAAUAAAGAAGACAGAAGUUAAAAAGACAGAAGGAAAGAGAAAGCAAUGA